CUGUGUUGGAGGGGCUGGCCAAUUUUGCCCACUUGAUUAACUUGGAGUUCUUUGAUGACCUGCUCAAUGUGCUACAGCGCCUCAUCCAAUCAGGAGAUCUGACCAAUCAGGAGAGUCUGCACUGCAUCCAGACCGUCUUCACCAUCCUGUCAGGACAAGGUGACGCUCUCAACAUCGACCCGCUCAACUUUUACUCGCACCUGUACAAGAUGUUACCUCAGCUGCACGCAGGGGCACACAGUGAUGACAUCAUCAUUGUGCUGCGUUGCUUGGACGCCAUGCUGAUCCGCCGCAGGAAACAGGUGACGCUGCAGAGGGCCAUGGCCUUCAUCAAGCGACUGAGCAUGCUCAGUCUGCACGUGCUGCCCAACGCCAGCGUGGGCAUCCUUGCUGCCAACAGAGCUACCCUGCAUUCGUUUCCAAAGUGUGACUUCCUGCUGGACAACGAGGUUCAGGGCAGUGGGUUCUACCUCCCAGAACUGGACCAACCAGAACACUGCAAUGCUCAGAACACAGCCUUGUGGGAGCUCCACACACUACAGAGACACUUCCAUCCGGUUGUGCGGCAGCUGGCAGUCCACCUGAGUCGUGGUGCUCCCAGUGAAGGCAGCGCAGCGCUCAGCGUGGAAUUGAGUCGCAGGUCGCCAGUGCAGCUGUUUGACGAUUACACCAUGAAGGACAUGACCUUUAACCCCCCCGUGGCACCACCCAGCCACAGGAAGAAGGAUGUUUUCCAGUGGAACACCACGCUGCUCCAUGCUGACUUGCAGGAAAUGAUUGACAGCGUCUUGACUGCCGGCGAGGAGGCGGAGCUUGACUUUACUAGUACACACACAUGCAGCAAACCUACUCAGUGAUGUCAUCAUCAUGUGUGAUGUCAUCAUUGCGUGUGAUGUCAUCAUUGCGUGUGAUGUCAUCGUCUUCAUUGUGUGUGAAUUCAUCCUCUGUGAUAUCAUUGAGUGUGUUUGUGAUGUCAUCAUCGUGUGUGUGUGUGUGUGUGUGAUGUCAUUGUCUGUGAUGUCAUCAUCGUGUGUGUGUGUGAGAUGUCAUUGUCUUUGAUGUCAUCAUCGUCUGUGAUGUCUUCAUUGUGUGUGAAUUCAUCCUCUGUGAUAUCAUCGAGUGUGUGUGUGAUAUCAUUGUGUGUGUGAUGUCAUCAUCAUCUGUGAUGUCAUCAUCGUCUGUGAUGUCAUCAUCGUGUGUGUGUGAUGUCAUCUGAGAUGUGAUUGUGUGUGAUAUAGUCUGUGAUGUCAUCCUGGUGUGCUAUGUCACCUGCCUUGUAAAAUGUUGAAUAAAACAAAGUGUUUUUGCUUACAACAUAAAUGUCAAUCAAAGUCCUGUUAAGACUCUUAGAAAGUGUUAACCUCCACUGUCAUUGCUACUUUAACACACCUAGUGUGUGUGUGUGUGUGUGUGUGUGUGUGUGUGUGU